UCCCAAUACCCACCCCUACGCGUCAGAUGAUUGCGGAUAUCGUCGGAAAAAUUGCCCCACAUUGGAAGGAGAAAAUGGAUUUCAUAAUAGACUCUGUGCAUCGUCUAGGGCCAAACAACGCAGACCGUCUUCGCCAGAUCAUCAUGCAGUUCACUGGAAGGCACUUCAGGGAUGAACUUUGGCGUACCACCAAACAUCACACUGUCUGCAAGGAGCUCAACAUCCGCUUUGCAGAAGAUCUCACCAAAGAAGACAGAGAGGCACGUAAUGCUGUAUGGCCAAAAAUUGAGCAAGCAAGGCAGGCAGGUCUUAAGACGAUGUUCCGAGGCCCCCAUGCCUUCAUCAAUGGACAGAGAGUCACACCAUAAUCAAGUAACAGAAACAUAAAGCCAAAGAGAUGACCACAAGUUACUGCUGUGAUAGGAAUGAUAAAGUCCUCACCACUUCACCAGGUCUGAAGGUCCGAAAGAGGAUUCAUACUGAAGAGAAGCUGUACACCUGUGAUCAGUGUGGGCGAGCUUUUACCCGACAAGAUCAUCUAAGGAAUCAUCAGCGUACCCACACUGGAGAAAAGCCAUACAAAUGUGAUCAGUGUGGGGCAGCUUUUACCCUUCAAGGUGAUAUAAGGCGUCAUCAGCGUAUUCACACUGGAGAUAAGCCGUACAAAUGUGAUCAGUGUGGUGUGGCUUUUACCCGAAUAGGUGAUCUAAGGAGUCAUCAGCGUAUUCACACUGGAGAUAAGCCUCACAGAUGUGAUCAAUGUGGGGCAGCUUUUACCACGUCAUGUAAUCUAAAGCGUCAUCAGCGUAUCCACACUGGAGAAAAGCCUUACAAAUGUGAUCAGUGUGGGCGAGCUUUUACCCAACAAGGUGAUGUAAGGAUUCAUCAGCGUAUCCACACUGGAGAUAAACCUUACAGAUGUGAUCAGUGUGGGGCAGCUUUUACCACACAUGAUAGUCUAAGGGGCCAUCAGCGUAUUCACACUGGAGAAAAGCCUUACAGAUGUGAUCUGUGUGGGGCAUCUUUUACCCAACAAUGUCAACUAAGGAGUCAUCAGCGUAUUCACACUGGGGAUAAGCCUUACAAAUGUGAUCAGUGUGGGGCAACUUUUACCCAAAAAGGUAGUCUAGGGAUUCAUCAGCGUAUUCACACUGGAGAGAAGCCGUACAGAUGUGAUCAGUGUGGGGCAGUUUUUACCCAGCAAGGUGGUCUGAGGAAUCAUCAGCGUAUUCACACUGGAGAGAAGCCUUACAGGUGUGAUCAGUGUGGGGCAGCUUUUAGCCGACAAGGUAGUCUAAGGAGUCAUCAGCGUAUUCACACUGGGGAUAAGCCUUAUAGGUGUGAUCAGUGUGGGGCAGCUUUUACCCAACAAGCUCAUCUAAGGGGCCAUCAGCGUAUCCACACUGGAUAAAAAAUUGUCUGUGAUCAGUGCGGGGCAGCUUUUACUCUGAGAGCUCAGUUAAAGGUAUAGUCUGUGAUCAUAUUCAAAAACAUUUAUUGUUAUACUGGGUGAAAUGGUCCUUCCAUCCUGAGAGUAGCCAGUGAAUAAUGUGUUCAGAAAAAGGAAAGAAAAAAAAUCCGACCUCUCUGACAGCUUUAAUCCUGUAAAAACUCUGACCAAUCUGUUUUUUACACACCGAAUGGCAGGGAUUGGUCAGAGGACCAGAGGAUUGGCAGGGGGGAAAGAACCAAUAAGAUGCCUUCAUUUUAAGUCCCGCUCACACCCCCCUCUGUCCCAUGCGCACACUCUGCUUCCAGCCUGCCUCCAGCCCCCCGUGUCCACUUCCCACGGGUCCUCCUC